CCGAGUAGGUACCACAUUUAGGUAGUAGAUGAUGACGUAGUCAUAUGAGCCAAUGAAAUGGAUAUAUGGACUAGCGUAUACCUAUCGUAAUCAGUUUAGUUAUCUCGGUGAUGACAUAAGACCUGACUGAGACUGCACUGCAGUAGAGCCAUAAACACUAACCAUCCUGAGCAGCAUCCCUCUGUACAGAUGUCAUCAUGGCAGCAAUCCAAAGAGUUUACAUUUAUUCCACAAUCCCCAGAUUGUUAACGACAGUGCAAGAUAAAUUACCAGGAGUCGAAUUUAUUGACGUGACACCCACGGGGAACCAAAAAGUAUGUGAGGAAGUCACAGAAGCCCUCAAAGAUGCCGAAGUUCUAUUAGUUGACAAUAAUCUUCUAUCACAGGUGGCACACAGUCUUCCAAAGCUAAAGUGGGCUCAGGGAACCUGGGCUGGAGUGGAAACCCUUGUGGAGGCAUUGAGGGAUAAGCCUAAACCUUCAUUCGCUGUAACUCGACUUGUAGGGGAGUCUUUUAGUCAACUUAUGGCUGAGUAUGUGAUUGGUUGGAUUACUGCCCAUGAGCGUGGAUUGCUUCAAAUGUGGCAAAAUCAGGUCAAAAGCGUUUGGUCACAGAGGGGUAACAUUGGGUAUUAUCGAAGCAUUCAAGAUCUUACUGUUGGAAUAAUGGGUAUGGGUAACAUUGGAAAAGAAGUUGCCCGAACUCUGAAGACCUUCCAGGCAGUUGUAAAUACUUAUGUCCGCACAAUACCUUCAGAACAAAAGAAAUUCGAACAUGUUGAUAAAUACUGGCAUGGAGGAGAAUUGUCAGCAUUUCUACGAGAAUGUGAUUACAUUGUGAACAUCAUGCCGUCAACUCCUGUUACGAGAGAGAUGUUGGGUGGAGAGGUCCUUAAAAAUGCCAAAGAAGGAGCUGUUUUUAUCAACAUUGGUAGAGGUGAUGUGAUCAGUGAAAAUGAUAUCAUCAAUUCACUUGAUGCUGGAUGGAUUUCAGCUGCUAUUCUUGAUGUGUUUGAUAAAGAGCCUUUACGGGCAGAGUCUCCUUUAUGGAAACAUCCAAAAGUUUUUAUAACACCACAUGUUGCUGCUGUCAGCAGGCCUGAAGAUGUUGUACGUACAUUUGUUUUCAACUACAAAAGGUAUAUUCAAGGAUUGCCUGUGAUGUAUUUGAUUGACUGGGAUAUUGGCUACUGAUGUGCCACACAGAAGCUGAUCUGAUGUCCAGGCAUUCAAUUGAUGUUUCUGAGGUCAAGGAAGGACGAGGAUCACUGAGUCAACAUCCACAUUUUAUUAAUUAUUAACAUUGUUGUUUUUUUUCUGAUCAGCAUAGUUAUGGAUAAAUGGUCUGUUAACAUUUGAAUAGGUGACUGCUUGGGAACACCACUUCCUGUUUGCAUAUCUUUCUAAAGAAACCACUAAAGAUUUUAGUUUUUCUUGCCCCAUAUACAGAAAUUUAGACUCUGUUACCCAGGUGAGGCAAGUAAUCAAAACUGAACUCACUUUAUUGUACCCUUUGGAAGAGAUGCUUCACUCACAGCAAAGUCACUUUGUUGGUCACAAUAGAGGUCCCAACCCGGAGGAAAUGCUAGCAUUACCUAUUAUCUUGCCAGAUACAGGCCUUAGAUAGCUUACAAACCAUCCUCAUUCCAGACAUCUGUGAGAGACAUAGAGAUUCUCUUAUUAAAUCUUUACACUCUAAUCAGCAAAAUCUUUUCGAGUUUCAAUUGUCAUACAUGAUUCAUGGCAUUAUAGCAAAACAGAUUGUAGACUGAUGUAUAACCUUAGUUUUAUAUACAUUUUGGUCUUUUUUAUCGAAACUUUACUCAGCAAAGUGAGAUGGCGGACUUGGAGAACUCGAGUCAAGAAUGGGAGCUUACCACUCAAAAUAACAAGAAGUGGAUAGUAUUGUUCCUAAAUAUCCAAAAGAUUAAACUCGCUGCAUAUGCUGUCCUCAGUAAUUCUUUUUUUUCCCUUAUUAUUAUUAGAUAUACCUUUUAGUCUCAGCUCUCAAGAUAUAUAAUGCUUUCUGUCUAGCAAUCCUUGUAAAUCUUGAGGUUCUUUGCUGAUGAACAGCAUCAUUUCCAUCGCUAAACUCUGUCAAGUUUUUAUCAUUAUUUCAAUCUAAAACUUUCUCUUCAUUCAGCAACCACUUUUUUCUGUAUAAAAUGUGUGAGGAUAAACGGCUGUUGAUCUCCAAGCAUUUUAUGAACUUCUUUUUCCUGCCAAAUGAGAAUAAGCCUACCGAAUAUUUUCAUUACAACUGACUUUUGCUAUGACUUUUGGUCCCAUGCAUUAGGGGCUUUGACCUUUCUUCCCAUAUUAUAGACAGAAUAUGAGAUGUCAUUUCAUAUUCAGUUAAAAUCAUCCCCGCAGUGAUUCCAUCUAAUGUUUCCAUUUAUAUUAAUUCAAUAUAUUUUGAUUUUUGGUUUUAUUAUUUAGAGGAUAAAAAUGUUUUCACCGAUUUCCAUGCCAAAGAAAUCUCCAGAAUUGAAUUUUAUGGCCAAAAAAUCUUUUGUAAGUAUUAUAUAAGUGUAAAGAUUCCUAGUGAUGACUGCUGACUUAUUGAUAGGUUCAGCAAUGGCCUGUCAGGAACUCACCAGUGAGUUAAUUAAUUUCUUCAGUGAUUCUAGAGCACUGGGGAAAAUGACGGUGUAAAUUAAGAGUCACAAUCUGAAUUACACCUGAAAUUCCAAAUGGGAAAAUUAUUUAAGUGUAUUUUUCCUAAGCCUUGGUUUUUAUUAUAUAUAUAUAAUAAUAAUGACUCUAACCAGAACUUGAACAAAAGACAGCUGGGAUUUGCGAUAUGUAGUUACAUGCAGUUAUGUUGCUUACAUAUGACUUAUAGCUUUUCUAGAGAAAAUAUCUGUGAAUGCAAAUGUCAAUUCGGAAUUAUUUCCAGUUGAAAGUUCUUCCAGGAAAUGAGAAUUGUUUGCUCAUGCCUCAAUGC